AUUUGUAAGCGUAACGUUCAAGUCGUCGUUCUCCAAACGAGUAGCACCGUUAACAUUUGUCGUGUGCGUGCGUUCGUUUGUUCGUGUGUGUUUGUUUGUGUUGCAUUCUCAUUUGUAUUUUGGUUAUUAUUACUACAUUGGUGUCGUCGUCGUUCUCUCUCUCUGUGUGAAUUUUAUAUAGAAAGAAUUUCUAAUGGUGUUGUUGUUGUUGUUUUUGGUGCUACUACACAACAAAUAAACAACAAACAAAGAAGAAAAAAAAAAGAAACAAAGAUGUGGAGGAAAUAGAAUUUUGUUCUCCCACAAAAAUAAAAUUUGAAGCAAAAAAAAAGAAUUUUGAAAAAAAAAAACACAAAUUUUUGGAAACCAAUUUUUGUGAAAGAAAACGGAAAGGCUUUGCCAUUUUGGUGAUAUGAAUGUGAUUUUUGUGCGGAAUAUCCUGUAGGUUUUUGAUGACUGUGUGACGGAUAUAGUCUCCCCAGCAGAUACAGAAUCCAUUACCCAAGAGAAAAAAAAACAGAGGCAGGAUUUGAGAGUAAAUAAAUGGAACGUAACACAAACAACGAAUUGCAUGACGUUUCAAUGGAAUAAGAAAUGUCAAAAUUUUGCUGGCAUUACUAAAAUAGAAGAUGAAAUAAAAAGUAAUUUUGUUUUAAAAGUGCAAAAGAAAUCUGUAAUUUUGUAGUGAAACAAAAAUUAUUAGCUAUUGAAAAAUAGUCUUUAUUGCUGUUGUCGGUCUUAACGUUGGGCGCUACCGUUGCCACAAUAACAUAAAUUUCAUUCACUCUGCUCUGCUCUUUGCCAAUCAGAGAUAGAGAGAAACUAGAAUUUUAAUAUAAACAAAUUUUGUUCGAAAACAAAUCUAGUGGAACCAAAAUAAAUUACCAAUAAAUGAAAUAAAAAAAAUAAUGCAUACAUAAUUGUUAAAAUCGAUAUAUAGUGAAUAUAUAUUUAUGUAGCUGGUUUUUUAAAGUUAAUAUCAAAAUAGAAAAAAAGAUAAAUUACAAAAUAAAUUUGAAAUUCUUUGUGCUUCAAAUACGCAUAUCGACCAUAAAAUAAUAUUAAAUAAGUGAUUUAAUAACAAAUAAAAUAACAACAAAAAAGGUACCCAAAGUUACACAUUUUGUACAGAGGCCAGUUAACAAACACUCCUCCAACUCCCCCUCUCCAUUUGGAUGCUCUGAAUUUCUUUCAACCCAGCAGUCGGAAGCAGAAAAAGACUGGCUGCUGACGGAAAAUUAGUGUGGGCAUUAAUAUAUCACAAACAUUGAUUGUUCUCAAAAAUAAACUUCAACAAGAGCUGCUCUUAAAUAAUAAAAAUAAAACGAAGGAAAAAUAGACAAGCAACAAAAAAUAAUCGCCAACAAAACAAAAAAGUAAUAAAAGUCACAAACACAACGCCAGUGAAAGCCAUUCUCACCAGCAUCAUUGUCGAAUGUUAAUAACAAUUGGAUGAGAGGACGAAACGGAGAUACUGUCAAAGAAGAAAAAGUCGAAGAAAAAAAUCCUUGUGACCGACCACUAGACCAGACCGUCACUUGAAAUGACAAUGAAUUAAAUUUUGUGUGUGCUUUGGCUUUUAUUGACAACAAGAAGUCAGGAUAUUCCAUAGAAACUUAAUUCAACAAAGGAGAGAAGUAAAUCCUUUUGAAAAAUCCGUAAUUAAUAAUCUGGAGCUGAAGAAAAAGAAAAAUUUGCAAAGAAUGUUGUCCUGAUGACAUAAAUACCAGGAAUAACCAUUAGUAUUGAGGAACAUUAUUGACAAACACAACAAAAAUAAUAACAAUAAAAGGAUAACAGGAACUUCAUUAGUGGAGAAAAAUCCAGAAUAGAGCGCAAGAGAGAGACAGAGAGAGAUAGUAAAAGAUUGGGGAAAUAAAUACCACUAUACCACGAAGCAAACACUAAGCUCAAUUUUUGCCCCUCCACCCUUAGGUUCUAAGCUAUAUACAAGCUACCCCCCAGACACAUAAAAGGAAACAAUUCCUUUCAAGGAUUCUCCAAAGCAAAAAAAUGCAUUAAAUUCCCAAAAUUUACAUAAUCAAGUUAUAGAAUCCAAUUUAGCCACAUUGUUGUUGUUGAUGUCCUCAGCAUCAUCAUCAUCAUCGUCCACGUCGUCAUCAUUAUAAAAUAUUUAGCGAUAAAAUUUUUAUUUUUCUAAUAAAACCCAGACCUGGUAACGGUCUAAUUUUGGUGCCGUUGCCAAAGCUACACCAUCAUGGAUGACUCCACCAUUAGCAUGCCCCUGGUGGCCAAGGAGGAUUGCAUGAAAGCUCUCAUCAAGCCAACCAAUGAUAAUUCGACGUCGGUGGUCAGUUUUCAAAAGAAUCCAAUUAUUACGACCACCAAUUCCACGCCAACCAAUGUCAAUUCAAAUGCGAAUAUCGCCAACGCCACCGCCGCCACCGUCGCCACCAAUGCCGCCAACACCGCUGCCAAUGUGCAACAGCAUCUUCACCAGCAACAACAGCACUUGCUGUUGUCAUCACAACACAACAAUCAGUUACCAUUACAGCCAACAAAUUUCGUGGGGAACAAUCUGAAGAAUGGCUCAUUGAGUUAUGGCUCACAAAAUAAUCUCUGCAAUGGCGUUAUAUCCGGCAAUCAUAUAUUGGCGCCAAAAAUUCAAAACAGCUGCAGCCCCAAUGGCCAGAAAAAGGGCACCGUCUCCCUAACCCAUCUGCCCCAGAGGCCACCGGUCGAUAUUGAAUUCACAGAAAUCUCAUAUUCUGUAUCGGAGGGACGACGGCGCGGCUUUAAGACAAUAUUAAAAGGUGUUUCGGGCAAAUUUCGCAAUGGUGAGCUGACGGCAAUAAUGGGACCUUCGGGUGCUGGCAAAAGUACGCUGAUGAAUAUUUUAGCAGGAUAUAAAACAUCCCAGCUGAGCGGCUCGGUGCUUAUCAACGGCAAGGAGCGUAACCUGCGACGUUUCCGCAAGCUCUCCUGCUACAUUAUGCAGGAUGAUGUUCUCAUUGCCAAUUUGUCGGUGCGCGAGGCCAUGAUGGUCUCGGCCAAUCUGAAGUUGGGCAAAAACAUGAAUUUGGCUGCCAAAAAAGUCGUAGUCGAUGAAAUUCUCGAAACCAUCGGUCUAAUCGAAUCAAGCAAUACCAAGACUUGUAAUCUCUCCGGAGGACAACGAAAACGACUCUCGAUUGCCUUGGAGUUGGUGAAUAAUCCACCCGUUAUGUUUUUCGACGAACCCACAUCGGGUCUGGACAGUUCGACGUGCUUCCAAUUGAUAUCGCUGUUGAAGUCGCUGGCACGCGGUGGCCGUACCAUUGUUUGUACAAUACAUCAACCGUCCGCCAGGCUGUUUGAGAAAUUCGAUCAUUUGUAUAUGCUGGCCGAGGGUCAGUGUAUGUACGAGGGACGGGUGAGGGCUUUGGUGCCAUUUUUAUCCUCUCUGGGCUAUGAUUGUCCAUCGUAUCACAAUCCGGCCGAUUAUGUGCUCGAGGUGGCCAGCGGUGAAUAUGGUGAGUGUGUACCGAAACUGGUGGCAGCGGUCAAGAGUGGUGUCUGCAAGAAGUAUAGCCAAAAGAACUAUGGCCUCGAUAUAAGCAAGGACAUUACCAAUGACAUUGCCAAGGGCAAUGGCUCGGCGGCCAAUGUCGGCAAUUCGGGCGUUGUUGCAAAUACCACCACUGUAGUGUUGGCCGAUGAAAAAUCCAAACUGGAUGAACCAUCAUCAGCGGCCGAAUUGGAACUGAACUCAUCGAGCAUCCUGAAACCACCGAAACUAGAAACCCAAGAGAGUCAGCAAUCCGAUUGUUCGGUCAACAAUAUGCCAACACGCAAUAGUGGCGAUCACACGGGUGAAGAUAGUUGUAGCUACAGUUCCAAGGGUGGCCAGAGUACCAAUGCCACCACCAAUGUGACUGGCUCGAAUGGCAAUGGUGCUGGGGGAGGCGGUAGUGGUGGUGGUGGCGGCAAUGGUAACUCCGGUGCCGGCUGUACCACCUCACUGCUGGACUCACACGAAAGUGUUAUUGCUAUGCCGAACAAAUCCGGCUUUCCCACCAGUGGUUGGGCCCAAUUUUGGAUAUUGCUCAAACGUUCCUUUGUCACAAUUAUGCGCGAUCGCAUGCUGACCCAUAUGCGGCUGGCGUCGCACAUUAUUGUUGGUGCCAUUAUUGGCAUGAUCUAUUACGAUGUCGGCAACGAGGCCUCCAAGGUGAUGAGUAAUGCUGGUUGUAUAUUUUUUACCACACUAUUUACCAUGUUUACAGCAAUGAUGCCCACAAUAUUGACAUUCCCCACAGAAAUGUCGGUGUUUGUACGAGAGCAUUUAAAUUAUUGGUAUUCACUUAAGGCUUUUUAUUUUGCUAAAACAAUGGCUGAUCUACCAUUUCAGAUUAUCUUCUCUAGCGUUUAUGUCAUCGUAGUGUAUUAUCUAACAUCCCAGCCCAUGGAACCGCAGCGGGUGACAAUGUUUGUGGUAAUAUGUGUGCUGACAUCGCUGGUGGCCCAAUCGUUGGGUUUGCUCAUUGGUGCUGGCAUGAAUAUAGAAGCUGGUGUUUUUCUGGGGCCUGUUACCACUAUACCGACCAUAUUGUUUUCGGGUUUCUUUGUGAACUUUGAUACAAUACCGGGCUAUUUGCAGUGGGUGACCUAUGUCAGUUAUGUGCGCUAUGGAUUUGAGGGAGCCAUGGUAUCGAUUUAUGGCAUGGAUCGGGCCAAACUGCAGUGUGAUGCCAUGUACUGUCACUUCCGUAGUCCGAAGAAAUUCUUGGAGGAGAUGUCCAUGGACAAAGCAGAGUAUUGGAUUGAUGCUGUGGCGUUGAUUGGCAUAUUUAUUGCUUUGAGAAUUAUAGCCUAUUUUGUGCUGCGUUGGAAGUUACACAUGAUACGUUAAACGUAGACGUAACGUAGUGCAUGCAUGCGAUCGAGCGAGCUGGCGAGCAGAUCAACCAACUAUAUAAUCCCGGAUAAAAAUCAAGCAAAAAACAUUAAGAAAAUAGCAGAAGUUAGAAGUUAGUUGAACACCACAUGAUAUAGUAUUAGGUUUAGGAUUUUUUCAGUGUGUGUGUGUACGAACGCGCGUAGAAUUUCAUAGAGCCAGUCGGGCAG